AUGGAAAACAGUGUGGAUGGAAACGAGAUUGAAGCACCAAAUAAUAUCACCAUCGGAGGGACGCUUAGGUUUCUUAUGGCCAACACAAAUGUUGAGCAAAGCAAAAAGCAAGUGAUUUCUUUGGCCAUUGGCGACCCGGCUCGAUUCGGCUUCAAUACCGAUGUUUCUGCUCAGGAAGCUGUCCUGGAUUCACUUCUUUCCGGAAAAUUCAAUGGCUAUUUUCCUACCGGUGGACUUCCGCAAGCAAGAAAGGCUAUUGCGGAUUAUUUGUCUUUUGAUCUUCCAUACAACUUGUCACCUGAUGAUGUCUACAUUACCUCUGGAUGCACUCAGGCUAUCGAUAUGGUAAUAUCAGUCUUGGCUCGCCCUGGGUCUAAUGUGCUAUUGCCUAGACCGGGUUUCCAUACAUACGAAAUCUGUUCCAGUUUCAGAAAUAUUGAGGCUCGUUAUUACGACCUCCUGCCCCAUAACGGGUGGGAGGUUAAUCUCGAGACCGUUGAAAGUGUGGCAGAUCUGAAUACCGUCGCAAUGGUUGUUAUCAACCCUGGAAAUCCCUGUGGAAGCGUUUACAACCACCGGAAUUUGGAGGAAAUCGCGGAAAUGGCUGGAAGGCUUCGGAUCCCCGUCAUUGCGGAUGAAGUCUUCGGGCACCUUGCUUUUGGUGCUACUCCAUUUGUUCCAAUGGGUGUUUUCGGAUCCAAAGCGCGGAUUUUCACGCUGGGCUCUUCGAAAAGAUGGUUUGUCCCAGGAUGGCGCCUCGGAUGGCUCGUUAUGAACGAUCCCUCGGGAGAAUUCCAAGAUCCAAAGUUGGUGGAGCGUGCCAAGAAGUAUUGCGAUAUCUGUGGAGGUCCAGCGACUUUUAUCCAAGCCGCUGUUCCCCGACUCAUUCAGCAAACCGCUGAAGCGGGUUUUCUUGCCAACACCAAUAAAAUGCUGAUGCGGACUUCAAACCUGUGUUAUGACAAGCUAAAGGAGAUCCCUUCAGUUGGUUGCGGUUUUAAACCUGAAGGGUCUGUGGCGUUUAUGGUAAAGCUCAACCUAUCAGUUUUGGAAGACAUUGGCGACGACAUGGAGUUUUGUCUUAAGCUGGCCAAAGAAGAGUCUCUCAUCAUUCUUCCAGGAUUUGCAGUGGGGCUUAAGAAUUGGAUCAAAAUUGCUUUUGCUGCAGAACCAGUGUCCAUUGAAGAAGGACUUCGAAGGCUGAAGGCUUUUUGCCUGAGACACUCCAAGCAACAAAUAAAUCCGGCCUGA